AGAAGUAGUGCAGAACGCAGGAGACGUAAUUUUUGGUUGUACUGCUUCGAUUGAUUGUAUGUAUUCAUGGGGGACAGUAGUCAUGAGCUCAAGUCCAGUUCAUCUGAUCUGAAGUCGAAUACGAAGCGAAAAUCAGUUCCAGAAGUCGGAACGGAAACUCUGGAAGGAACGGAAGGAGACGCAUUCAUCAUCAGCCAUGUCGAGUGUCCUGUUACUGAGGAACUUCGUAACCAAAUCCCAAAAUCAUCCUCUGGCAAUCGUGAUCUAGUAACUGCCGCUCGCGGUUUCCAUCUUUCUUUUUAUAGUGGAUUGAUUAUUUCUACAUUAGAACGAGCAGCAUACAAAUGGGGCAUUUCAGUUGCUCGCCAUCCAAAGAGAACAAUAUUGUGUUGUCUUGCGCUCACGCUUCUGAGUGGUUUCGGACUGCUCCGUUUCCAGUAUGAAAGUGAUCCCACGAAGCUGUGGAUACCACAGGAGUCCAACUUCAUCCGUGAUACCAAUUGGAUGAAGCAGAAGUUCCCAGAACAGUUACGUCAUAAUGUCGUGAUAUAUUCUAGUGAAAAUGUGCUCUCACCGGAAGCGUUGAGAGAGGUGUACGAGCUUUACUCGAGCAUAACGAAGAUACGUGUGGGAAAUUACUCUUGGGAAGAUUUUUGCGUCAAGAUCCCUCGCGUGAAUUCUUUGCCGGCUGCUGCUCAGCUUGGAAGUGACAUAAGCCCGAUGGCUUUGAUCAAAGAGGAAAUCCUGACAAUGAAACAAUAUUGUAAAAUGCUCAGGAUUUUGCCCAAAAUUUGCCUUGUCCGAAGCAUUCUAGAAUUCUGGAAUUAUGACUUGGACCGACAUCUUCCGUCAAAUUUCACGUGGAUUGAUGUUGCGAAUGAUUUCAAGGGUGAAGAAUUUUCGCUGAGUCCUUACUACGGAUUAGACACGAACUAUUCAAUGUAUUUGGGGGGAGUCACGCGAGAUGCAGAAGGGAACAUAAUCUCAGCAGCAUCCACCAUUCUUCAUUUUAUUAAUGAAAAACCGGUCGGAUACCAGGGAGAGUUCGAUCACUUGGCUGCCUCACGUUUUGAACAACAAGGAGGCAUCAAAGAUGAGGGGGACUCUGCGAAUCGUUUGUGGGAGCAAGAAUUCUUGGCUGUUGUUCGGAAGUUCAAAUCUCGAAUCGGAGCAACUGUUACUUUCAGGGCAGAAAGAAGUUUUUCAGAUCUAAGCAAUGUGGCGAUCAUAAAUGACGUCCCAUUCGUGAUGGUUAGCUGCAUGCUUAUGUAUGCUUUCGUGUGUCUGAAUCUUGGAAAAUGUGACGUGAUCGAAAUGCGGGUUUAUCUGUCCAUUGCUGGACUUCUUUCAAUAUUCAUGGCCUUCUUCGUGUCACUCGGCAUCUGCUCGGCCUUUGGAGUUUUAUAUAGCCCGGUUCACAACUUAUUGGUUCUCUUGUUGCAAGGGCUGGGCGUAGACGACAUGUUCGUCUUGAUGAAAAUGUGGAACCAUCUGUCGUCUCAUGGGAUUGCAUUUUGUGACGGGAGUGAACUUCUACCGUUGCACCGCCGUGUAGGAAUUGUGAUGAAGCACGCGGGAAUUUCUAUAACCGUCACGUCGCUGACCGAUUUUGCCGCCUUCGUUAUCGGGGGCUUCACGGUCGUCGUUAUCUGUUUGGGACUUGCUUUUGUCACAUUAGGAGCGUAUGGCGUUUCUCAGAUGCGCCAGCACUUCGAAAUAGCAUGGUUCUUGCCGGAUGAAUCGUAUUUGAAGGAUUUUCUGAAAGACAUCAACGACUACUUUCCUGCGAUCGGAAAGCGAGGUUUCAUUGUCUAUGGACGAAUGAAUCACUCGGGACUCGUGCACGAUCUUAGGAAUUUGGAUGAGAAGUUCGGGGGACAGACUUUUGUGACGAGCGUGGACUCUUGGUCACAGUCUUUCUUGGAUUGGAUGGAAACUUUUUAUCCUUCUGAGCAAAUGAAUGAUUUCACCUUCGCUGAACGAUUCAGUCAGUUUCUCUUCAUGCCUUCCGGGGCACCCUAUGCACGAAAUUUCGUGUUCAAUGGUACACUGACGUGUGGAGAACCCGUUCCAGAGAUCUUGGUUAGCCGAACGGAGUAUACAAUGCGAGAAGUUCCCACAUCAAACGCCCGAGUUGAAACAAUGCUGGAAUUACGUGCUAUCGUAGAUAAUUCCGGCAUUACUGCGACAAAGAGCUUUCCGUGGAGCUUCGAAUUCUCUUCGUGGGAAACUGAUCGCUUCAUCUCAGGAGAACUAAUCCGAAAUAUGCUUCUGGCGUCUGCCUGCGUAUUUUUUGUCACUGUGCUGCUUAUCGCAAAUAUUCACGCAUCCUUCUGGGUUCUUGUUUGUGUCGCGAUGACCUUGAUUUCUACCACCGGUUUGAUACACUUCUGGGGGCUGACGAUUGAGAUUGUUUCGAGCCUGAACCUCAUUUUAGCAGUUGGACUCUGUGUUGAUUAUGCUGCCCAUAUUGGACACGCCUUCAUGACUUGUGAUGGAACCCGGAAUGAACGAGCGGAAGAGACUCUAUCUAAAAUUGGACCAGCAGUUCUGAGUGGUGGAUUCAGCACUUUCUUAUCUCUUUCCGUAUUAUACUUCUCUGGAUCUUACGUCUUCAUGGUUUUCUUCAAGGUGUUCGUAGCGACGUGCAUCUUCGGGCUUUACUAUGGACUACUGUUCCUACCUGUUGUACUCAGUCUUUGUGGACCUCCUCCGUAUUUCGCCGAAGUAUCCUGCAAUGACCGGGAAGAUAAAGGACUUGGAGAAACGAAAGAAUCAAAAUACAAUCCUGCGGAAGAAGCACAUGGACAUGAAGAUAUUUUGUGAAUGUAACUCGCAGUUCCGAUUCUUUCUUUUUUAUUAAUAUUUUUGAACAAAGCGGCGUUUCAAAUGUGCUGCCCAGCGAUCUCGGUUUAUUUUGAAGAUUUCAAGCGUUUUAUUUAUUUGAAUCGGCGGACGGUUGUCAAUUGCGAAGAUUUUUCAACGGUUAAGUUCCAUUUCUAUGCGCACUGUGGCGGUGUGGGAACAUUUUAAUGUAAUUUUGAUCGCUGUUCCUUUUGAGAUGGCAUAUUCUAGCGUGGGAACAGAUUUUCGUGUAAUUCAUUCAGCUUUUUUUUUCUUGGCUCUGGAGUGACGUAUAGGUCGUAUCAUGCGUGUCAGCCUAUUCCAAAGUUCGAAUUCGAAAUGAAGUCCGGUAUUUUUCGAGGUCCUGGGAUUUUAUUCCGAACUGCAUUAAUGCUCCAUGUCGUCUUGCUCCAGUGCCUUCAAUGCUUUGGUCAAAAGUACAGUAUUAUAGUUUUCAUCCUCUUCAGACUCACAUUGUGUAGAUGUUCUAAAAUAAAAUAUACCAUACGAUGACUGCAUUUGAUUCAUUUUUGCGCAGAACAUGUAGAGGUUGGCUGGCAUACCAACAAA